AUGAGCGCCACCCAGAACCAGAGCAUGUACGCCGCUCCCGUCUCCUUCCCGUUUGAUUUGCAGACGACGACGACGACGACGACCGAAGACGUCUGCUGGUCGCUCACCACCGACGCCCCGACGUCCAUUGAAGAGAGCGUCAUCGUCGGGGCCACGCAUCUGCGCGACGUGUACGACAUGCGCAUGUCCGACCUUCACAGCACGCCCGUGACCAUCCAACCAACGAAGGCCAAUCGCCCCGCCCCAUGUCCUCUCGCCGCACCUGCGUCCGUGCACUUGACCGUCGCCGUCGCCGCGUAG